CCAGAAGACACUGCAGCAUUCACAGUAAACGUAUCUCUUCCUGCUGACAGGUGGGAUGGCUGCUGAUAACAUCACCCAGAUCUCUGCCUCGAACUCUCUGAACCGGAGCGGCUGCGACGUGUUUGUGUACCAGAGAGCAGCGGUGGUCCUUUUCCCCAUUUUCUACUCUGUGGUUUUCCUGAUCAGCGCGUGCGGCAACAGCCUGGUUCUCUAUGUGAUCUGCCAGAGGAAGCACAAGUUCAACUCCACCUCCAUCUACCUGGUCAACCUCGCGCUCUCCGACACCCUCUUCACACUGGCGCUGCCGGGCAGGAUCACUUACUACAUCCGUCACUUUGACUGGCCCUUUGGGGACUUUCUCUGCAGACUGACCACGCUUCUCUUCUUUGCAAACACCUAUGCAGGUAUUGGUUUCAUGACCUGCAUCAGCUUGGACAGGUAUCUGGCCAUGGUGCAUCCACACCAGCUGCAGUGUUUACGCAGCGCGAGGGUGGUUCGCAGGGUCUGCUGCCUGGUCUGGGCUCUGGUUUCUCUGCAGACAGCUCCCCUGAUGUUCCGCAGCAUGCUGCGCGAGCACCAGGGGAGACGAACCUGCAUGGAGUACUUCACCUUUGAAGGCUCCAGCUCCACCCCUUACCUCCUGCUCCUGGCCUGCGCCGUCUCCUUCUGCUGCCCCCUCGCCAUCAUCCUGGGCUGCUACGCCAAGAUCAACCUGAAGCUUCGAGCGGCGGCCAGGCAGAGCACCGUGACCGGCCGAUCAAGGAGGAACCACAGGGCCAACACCAUCAUCCUCCUCAUCCUCCUCACCUUCAUCACGUGCUUCAGCCCGUACCACCUCAACGUCAUGCAGUUCAUGUCCAGAAAGAUCAACCACCAGCCAGCCUGUGAGGAACUGAGGGCCUUCAAGAUUUCCUUACAGAUGACGGUUUCACUGAUGAAUUUCAACUGCUGCUUGGAUCCAGUCAUCUACUUCUUUGCCAUUAAGACCUACAAGAAGCGGGUGAUGAGUCUCUUUAGGGACUAUCUAUAUACUUCCGGUGCCUCCACAAAAAUGACAGCUGAAAACAGCAGCAGCAGCACCUGAAUGAAACCACAACCGGGUGUUGCCGAGAUGUGCCAACAAACAGUGUCACAGAGAAGAUCUUGUUUGCUCUGCUACUCUCGCUUUCACACUUUGCAAAUACAAAUUGUGCAUGUAAAUAUGUGUAGUAGAAAAAAGCAGAAGAGACAAAAAAAAGUUUUGAGCCAAAUGAUGUUUGUUUGAGAAUUCUGUAUAAAAUGUAUUGUUACAUAUCGAUUGCAUUUCCCUUUUGAUACGGUCUUAUUCUUUUUCUUAUCCCUUUUUUUUUUC